AACAGACCAAAGAACAGACCAAUUGUAUAGUUGGAAUGCCUGCAAAUAUUUAAUAAAUCUUACCUAGUUCUCUUGUACCUAGAUUUGUCUUUUCUCGUGCUACGUGCGACACCUCUUGUGCUUCGAUUAUUUACAAAUAUUUUAUUAAUUACACGGUAAAUAUCGGGGAUUUCUAAAAUAUGGAGGAAUAUGCAAGAGAACCAUGUCCCUGGCGUAUAGUGGAUGAUUGUGGUGGUGCCUUCACUAUGGGUCUUAUAGGUGGCACAAUCUUCCAAAGUAUCAAAGGUUUCCGUAAUGCUCCUAGUGGAUUGGCACAGCGUUAUCGUAGCAGUCUUGUGGCAGUCAGGCAACGAGCACCCAUUGUUGGUGGAAAUUUUGCUGUAUGGGGUGGGAUGUUCUCCACAAUUGACUGCACAUUAGUACACUUCAGAAAAAAAGAAGAUCCUUGGAAUUCAAUUAUCAGUGGAGCAGCAACUGGUGGAAUUUUAGCAGCAAGAAAUGGCUUGCCAGCAAUGGCAGGCAGCGCAAUCAUUGGUGGAGUACUGUUGGCUUUGAUAGAGGGUAUAGGAAUUUUCAUUACACGUCUUUCCGCUGAACAAUUUAAACCUGCAGCAUUGGAUGAUCCAUCGCAACUCGCUCAACCACAACAAAGUUAUCCAUCAUAAUGUUCAACUGCAUUGUUUAGGUUCUUUUGAAGUUAGAAUAAAAUUUACAAGUAAUUGUGUUAGACAAGCUUUACUUUAAAAGGUUUUUAAGUAUCUCGUUCUGCCAGCAUUAAAUUUAUGACCACAGAAACUUUAGAUCUAAAGACAAAUCUGUUAUUUUCCAUUUCUGUGCUUUUUUAAAUUCUAUUAGAAUGUCAAACAUGAUCCUUUGUAAAAAUGUUUUGUAAAUACUUAUGAAGUAUGAGGAAAGUUAAUACAUGAACAUCAUAUAAUCUUA